UGAAAUGUAUACAGUUUGGAAAUCAUAUUUCUUGUUCUAUCCAGAACAAUGAUUCAUCCUUCUAGUGAAGCUGUGGCUUGCCUCUGCAUGUUUUGCAAUGCUGGCUGGCUUCAUAAUAGCAUAACUGCGUGUUGUGACUCCUACCAGAUUUCUCAGCAGACAUCUGAGCGAGGAGCAGGCUAAUUCUUUGAACGAUGGCAUUCGCUUUUAGACAAUUCUUCCUGGUAGCUGCAGAUUUAAUGCUUGCCUUGGUCCUCUCCUGCUUCCUUUAUGCUUUCGUGUGCAUCUGCACUACAUUCCUCACCUGCUUUGUCAUCGUUUUCUCCUUGGGGAUUGUGAAGAAAAUGGAGAGAAAUAUUGACAUAAAAGGGAGAGCUGUUAUGAUUCUAGUGUCCAACAGCUCCAUCGGACGGACAUUUGCCAGGAACCUGGACAAGGCAGGUUUCAGAGUGUCUGCUGCAUGCUGGCCACCUGAAAGAAAGUGGGCAAAGGUUCUGAAGGAGGAGUAUUCUCCAGACAUGACGCUGGCACAACUCCCUAUAACUGAGGACGAGUAUAAGAUGACAAUGAAAACCUUGAUAGAAAAGCACUUAUCUCUGAAAGGCAUGUAUGGGCUGAUGAAGAAGCCUUCGGUCUUGAUGUGGGAAGAACAGGAGCCAGACACAAACAGAUUCUCUGAGGGAAAAACUUCUUAUAAAUGGAAGGAUGUUUGCAUAACUCCCGCCUUCCUCACGGCACUUCUCUUUCUCCCUGUGAACUAUGCAGUGACUUUUGCAAAGAAGAAAAGCCAGCAGUUACUUACUAGCCUGCUGAAAUCCAAAAACUGACAGUGCAGUAGUUGUCCCCCAAGAUCCCCUACCUGCUGGCAGGGUCACUAAGAUGGAAGGAAAUAAUGAAGAACCUUCCUGAAAGACUGCUGAACAUCGAGCUUUCGACAUACGCUGUGCUAUGACUUGGCUUAAUUGAAGGAUAAACUGCUGGUCUUUCAUCUUUCAAAUUGCAACUCAGAAUUAUCAUUACCCAUGUGAAAUGUAGUCCAGUCCUGGCCCACAGAAAAGAACUGCAGUUAAAUGUCAAACUGAGCCCAAACUAACCAUUUUAAUUCAACCAUGUCAAAAAGUUUUGUUUUGAUGAAAGCUGUUGAAAUGAAUUGUUUUAACAUUUCUGAAUUGAAAGUUUUGGGUUUCUAGCCAAAAAUGUUUGACCUUCAGUUUUUCACCAAGAAGUCACCAUUUUCUGCAGUAAGCAGACACUUUUUUUUAAAAUUCAUUUAGUCCAACAUCCAAUUUGCAGUUGAAAAACAGUUUCAAUGGAACAUUUUUAAUCAGCUUCGGUGAGCAACAACAUUUUGUCCAGAAAUUCCUUGUGCAGUUUCAGAUGAAUAAUGUAUUCUUUAUUUUCUCUGCUAAACUGUUGUGUAUCAUUGAUGUGGGCUUUUAAAUAGCUGUUGUUUCAUGGAUGGUUAAAUGAUACCUAUUUGUUUUCACAGUGGUAUGUAUAGCCUGAUUGUACAGUCCUUAUUUGGACAAAACACCUGUUGGCUUCAAUGGAAAUUUUGUUUGCUUAAAGAUGUGAUGAUAGGUUUAAUUUGUUUAUAAUGCUUUGUGAUCCUUUGAGAUAAAAGAAACAAUACAUUUGUAAAAUUAUGGCUUUAAGGCAAUGCUGUCGUGAAACCCAAUUGUGAUAUACCUUCCCUUAGAAUAUUUUAAUACAAAUUAGCUACAAAGUAAAGCAGAAUUUUUAUGUUGAUAUUUUCAAAGCUGUCUAGGAGAUUUGAACGCCAAACUCCCUUCAGUUUUAGUGGAAGUCAGCCACCUAAAUCCUUUAAGCAGUCUUGAAAAUCUCAGUCAUAACAUGUAACAACAUUGACAUAAUUCACUGUUAAAGCUAACACCUUAGCACACUUAUUAUCACCAUAUGUCCCCAUUUAAAAGCCAAAGGGCAACCUAAUUUUUCCAGACCAAAACAGAUACACAAAAAUCAGAGCUGGUCAAAAUUAUUCAUUCAUUUUUUUAAAAAGAGUUCUUUUUUCUGAAGCAAAUGUUUUUCCUUUCCCCAUCCCCAGCAAAAAAAAAAAUAGAAAAAAUGGAAAAGGAGAGAAAAAGCUUAUAAAAUGAAAAAC